GACUUAACAGGGAUGUUGAAAUAACAUCCGUUUGCAAACAGAAAUCUGUCGCCGCUAUGUCCAUCUUUUCCAUGGCGAUUGCUCAUAUGAAGAACAAAGCAUUUGACCAAAUUAACGAAACAACAGACGGGGUAAAAGAAACCGAUGUUCUUUUCUUGAUAACUGUCCCAGCGAUUUGGAAUGAUUCUGCAAAACAAUUCAUGAAGGAAGCUGCGUUUGAGGCUGGAUUGGAGAAGGAGUGUGUUGAAUUAGCACUUGAACCGGAGGCUGCUUCUGUUUGGUGCAAACAUCUACAAUUGGACAUUGAUCCUAGUGGUCCAUUGUCAAAGGAAGGUGCCCGGUACAUGGUUGUUGACAUUGGAGGUGGGACCGUUGAUAUAUCAGUUAGUCAAAAGACGAAAAAUAGAAAUAUCGAACAAAUUCACAAACCAGACGGGGGCGCAUGGGGAGGAACAGUUGUUGAUAAGCAUUUUCUACAGUUCCUUGAUAACGUUUUCGGAGCACCAUCUAUGGCCCGUUUCCGAAAGGAGGAUCAUGCUGAAUACAUCGAACUACUGACACUUUUCGAAUCGAGAAAAAGGGACGAUGAUAUGAGUUUUAUGGUAUUUAGUUUAUCCAGUCUUGUUCAGUACACGGGCGAAAAAAAUGUAAAUACAAACAUUCGAUCACUUGGCCUUCAAGAUCAUGUCAAGCUUAUUAAAAGUAAACGUCUUCGUAUAGAAAGCCCGACAGUCAAAUCUUGGUUUGAAGGACCUAUCAAAAGUAUUGUAAAUCUGAUAAUAGAUUUGCUUCAAAAGCCUGGAUUGCAUGGAAUAGAAAUGGUAUUGCUUGUUGGGGGGUUUGCCUCUUGCAAGUUUUUGAAGGACCAGGUGAAAGAGGCAGUUGGCUCAAGAGCAAAGGUUUUUAUUCCAAGAGAUGCUGAAACUGCCGUUUUGAAAGGAGCUGUUGAGUUCGGAAUUAGACCAACCAAUAUUCAAGCCAGGGUGAUGAAGCAAUCCUACGGUAUAGCAAAACCGGUACCAUUUGACAGAUUACGACAUGAUUCAUCAAUGAAAGAACACGGAAUGGACGUGGUCAACGUUUUUGAGCAAUUCGUAGAGAUCGGGGAAAGGUUCAAAACAGGUGAAAUUGUCAGCAAAUCAUUUAUGCCACAUAAAGGAACCAAUUCUACGCAAAUUGAAAUUUACAUCUCUCCUUUGACGAAGCCGAGGUAUGUCAAGGAAAGAGGUUGCAAAAAGAUUGGAGACUUAUUGAUAAAGCACAGAGGACGUUCGCCUAGAGAAAACAUUUUCACUGUCCUUUUUGAAUUUGGUAAAACCGAGAUCUGCGUACGAGUGGUAAUGCAGCAUACUGGCGCGGAGUAUUCUACAGCAGUGAAUUGUAUCUAAAACAACAAAUAGAUUUAGGAUGUGUCUUGAAACAUUUGUGUACAAAGUACGUAUAUUUCAUCAAGUUACUUAAUGCUUAUACAAAAAAAAAAUACUUAUACAAAAAAAUGAAAACAACUUCAUUAUUAAAGGCUCUGUCAACCAACAUCAUUCAAAUUGAAGCACUUCAGACAGGAUCAAGAGCAUUUCAGUUCAAUUACUGAAGAUUGUACCAAUAUAUGGUUAGGUGUCAUUUUAUAAAGUGAAGAGACUGAUAUUUAUCAUAGAUUUGGUUUUCUCGUUGCAUCUAUUUCGAACUGGCAUAAAUAUUUUGAUCGUGGUGGGAAAAUAAUGUUUAUACGCAGUAUAGUUGGAACACGUGUUUUUCAAAUGCAAAAUCGUAAAAGGAAUAAACGCAUUUGGUCAAUACUAUGUCAUUUUCAUUUACAUUGUUUUCGGUACAUGUUUUGAUAUGCUAUAUAUAUAUUUAGAUUUCUUUAUCAGUAGUACAGAGGUAAUAUCAGCCCUGAUUUAAAUUGAUACCUAUUUAGUUGCUUGUUUGACUAUAUAAUCGUAUUACUGUUUCAUUUUGUUUUAUUUAAUGGUUUGUAUUUGUUUUGCAUGAAUACUAUUAUAUGUUGUUAGUACGUUUCAUGCCACAGAAUAUACACAACAAAUGAUAGUAAUCAUUUCGACUGAAACAAAGACAAGUACAGUUUGAAAGUUUUAUGAUCGUUUGUCAUAUGACAAGGCGAAAUGCCGUCCAUGUAAGCUCAGUCGCAAAGGUAGGGAAACUUCAUACAUGUACAAACACAUGGAAAAAAUUUACACCUUAUGUAUUCGCUACUUUAGCACGCAGCAGGCUACAAGGCUGAUUGGAUGAUAACCGGGAACUAAAUUUGUACCCGUGUACCAAACAAAACGUACCCGGCCUGUGUGUAUCCGUCCAUGUCCUAAAAUCCGUAUUAUUAUUUUUUUCAAAAUAUAACAAUUCCUAAAGAAUCAAUCAGAAACAACAACAAUAAAGUGUGUAUUGUUACUGUAUACCCUUAAGGUAAAUCCAUGUCAUUGUAUAUUAAUAUUGUAUACAUCCAUGUCACUGUGUAUUCAUAUUGUAUACAACAAUGUCACUGUAUACUGUUAUUGUUUACAACCAUGUCACUGUGUAUUGUAAUUGUAUACAUCCAUGUCACUGUAUAUUGCUAUUGUUUACAACCAUGUCACUGUAUAUUGUUAUUGUAUACAUCCAUGUCAC